AGAGUUGUGCAGCAAUGCUUGUCACGUGACGCUGGGAAAAAGGAAUGCCAACAUGGACCCGUGGCAAGGACGGGAUGUGAGUGUGCUACGACAAUAACACGACGGAGGAACACAGAAACGCGGAAAAUAGAAGAACCCCUUCGACGGUGCGGCUCGUUCUCCACCGAGUUACUGCAGUAAAUUCAGGUUCUGACUCUGGGGACAGAAAGCUGACCAGUCCCUGAAGACCUGAGAGAUCUGGAUGGUUCAUCAUUUAGCAGGAGGUUUCUGUGAUCCCUCUUCUGGAUCGUGUUUCCUCAACAGCCUCUCCUCUGCGUUUGGUCUGGAUCAAUGGUGUCUCUCAGCAGCAGAACGCUGAGUUUGGAGAAUGACCUGUUCAGGGACAGCAGCAGCCUGUUCUCCCUCGGCCUGGGAGACAGCGAGGGGGGCAGCUCGGCCGGGGAGCUGGGGGCGAUGCACCGAGGAGAGGAGGAGGAUGAGGAGGAAGAAGAUGAUGAUGAGGACGAGAAGAUGAGUCUGCACAUCUUUCUAGGAGGAGCGGAGGAUGGCGAUGAGGAGGAACCUGCGAGUCACGAGCCUAAGCUGCCAGAUUUCCCUUUCCAUCCCUCUUCCCCGUUUUCUCCCACGCUGGAAGACAUCGAGGAGUUCUUGAGGGAAAAGAUGGAACUUGUCAAAGAGGGUCUUCUUGUCCCAAAAGACGAGGGUCUUCUUCUUAUUCCAAAAGAAGAAGCGUCCCCUCUGCCAUGCAGUGACUCUCCAUCCUCCACUUUGACACCCGAAGCCUCCUCAGACACUUGCCGUGAUCAAGGGAAGGUUGCUUCUCAUUGCACUUCAAGUUUCCUUAAAAAGGAGGAAAUCAGCGCAGAAGACCACUCCCCUUCUGCUCAACGUAACCCCUCACCUUCCUCCCAAAUGCUCCUUGGUGCCCCGUUGGUUCUGCAGCUACAGCCCCUAUCUCCAACCCCCGCUGGCUCUCCUCCAGGGGCCCAAAGUGGCAUCUGGCUCACUCAUCUGGUCAUGGGCCUCCAGGGUGCAAGAGGACAAAAUGUCACCCUGCUGAACCCCACCACCACCUUGUUGUCUCUAAACAGCGGAGACAACAAGUCAGCUGACCAGAAGUACGUGAGGAUCGCCCCCCUGCCCUUCACUAUGAGAACUCUAGAGAUCAAGGGCCUGACGGGGGUUGGGGGUCAGGGCACUGAGCUGUUGAAGGCCAUGACCCCCCGGGUGAGCAGACUGCCACCCACAGAGAGGGUCCACAAGUGCUCCCACCCAGGCUGCGGGAAGAUGUACACCAAGAGCAGCCAUCUGAAGGCUCACUUCCGCCGGCAUACGGGAGAGAAGCCGUACACGUGCAGCUGGCCCGACUGCGGCUGGAGGUUUUCCCGAUCUGACGAACUUUCCCGCCACCGCCGCUCUCACUCCGGCAUCAAGCCAUACGAGUGCUCCCUCUGCGAGAAGAAGUUUGCCCGCAGCGACCACCUAUCCAAACACACCAAGGUCCACCGCAGCUCCAGACCCGGCAGGAUCCUCAAGGCCACCAUGUGACGCUCUUUAGCCUAAACACCCUGGAGGAGGGGGUCCGGGUCUCCCUCAGGAUAUUUUUGGUGCUUCACAAGCAGAACUUUUAAAAGAAUUGUGAGAGCUGGAUGCUGUUUCUUCCCCUCCUCCUAUUUGGCUUUCUCUCCCCCCCUGCUGUUUAAAUGUCACUGUUCCUUCUGAGCAUCUGAUUCUCCUCAGGAAACCCCCAUCUGAAAGUGGAUUUCCUGGCACACAAUGCAAAACACCUAACAGGAGACCGUUUUUACAGGGGCCCCUCUUGCAAACCACUCAAGCUAACCUACUAUCUGCUGUUCAAGAAGCAAUAGGAGUGUCUGUAACUCUAUAAUCCUCUUUUUACUUCCGUGAUUCUUCCUCGAAGCCAAACUUCAGGGUCCAUGGAUUAAGCUUCCAUUUUAUACGCUGUUGAAAGGGACAUUUUAAUGUUCAUGUGUCUCAUCAUACGACAUGUGGCAGUGGCAGAGCGUGACAGCCAUCACAUGAGGGUGAAAUUCUGAUCUCCCCUAAACGCUUUCACGCUGAAUGAACUCUUGAUAUUAGGAGAAAAUGCGGAGACAUCGUCAGACUUACAUUUUGGCCAAACUGAGAAAACUUCCGAUGUUGAACGCAUCCCACCCUGGCCUUCGUUGCACUUGUCCAAUCAUAAUCCAUCUCAUUUGACCCCGUAUGCCUUUUCUCUCAGCCCCGGUUCACUCUAAUCUCUAUUGAUGCCUUCGUACAUAUCACAAAACCACCUCACUUGAUCCUACUGUUAUCAUACGACUGCUCUUAUUGACUGUGAUUGGGAACUGGGAAGUUGACAAACCAGAAAACCCUGAAAAGCACGAAAGCGACACCCACGACAGUUUUUAAGCUCUUUUGUUCUGGGAAAUUCCCUUGCUACCAUUGUGCAGCCGACUUCUGUCUGGCCAAUCACAGCUACUACUACUACUACUGUUAUGUUUUGGCUCAACGGUGCAAAAGUGAGGCGAAACAGUUACAUGUAUGUUGGUUAUAGUAGCAAGAAAAGCUAAUAGUUUAAACAGCUGGAUAGGCAGUUAACAUCUACUUAAUCAUCUGUAUUAGCAUACUCAUAAAUAUGUGUACCGUAACAUAAAGGACAAAGAUAACAUGUACAGCUUGUAGCCUUUAUAUAUAGAUGUGUUUGUUUUUUUUAAUCGAUGAGGAUUUUUCAAUCAGUGCAUUAAGCUAUUCAAAUGUGUUUCCGGAGAGAGGGUUUUUGGUAUUUUUAUGUGAGUUUGAUUGUAGCGUGAUCAAUCUGUGGAAUGUCAGACUGAUUAUGGUCUGGGAUUUGGAGUCCCAUUCACACAUCAUUAAGCUGAGUCUCAAGUGCACUUGUGUUCGUGGAAAGUGAGAAAAACAGUCAUUGUGCUCUUCUGGCAGUUUCAUAACAUGUAUACCUUUGGAACGGUAAAAUGCCAAAAAAAAAGAUUAUAAAUAUUUUCUAAGGAACUGUGCAAUGCAGUCACUAUUAUCAUGUGUUCUUUAAAACACGUCGAUGCUUGUAAAGCUACCAGUGCUUCACAUGAAGAGACUAUUCAUUACGCUUCACAGAACUGACUCGUCUCUGUUGAAGCAGCACUCACUGGCUAACCUAACUUUCAUUUUUACGGGCUUUUGGAUCAACUCAAAAGCAGAGCACUCCCUGCAUGUAGCGGUGUACAUUUACACUUCCUCCAUAUCUCUGUCUCUUAGCAUAAUGGAUACAUUAUGGUGCACUCCUGUUUGAUAAACAAACCAUGCUUAGUAAGGUAGGAACCCAUUGAAGGCAGACAGACGUGUUUAUCUGUCUGAACCAAUGCUGUCUUUGUGUCUGCGCCUCCCCAGCCAGCUUCUACUGACCUACAUCCAGACCUGUGUUCCCUAAUCAUCAUCCAAUUCUCUCUCUAUCUAUCGCUACGUCCCUCUGUCAGUCUCUCUGUCUCCCUUCUCUCUGUCAUGCCUGUUUAUCUGGUUCAACACAGGCUUUAUUUUAAUUUUAUUUUGGAAUACCAGAUAUGCUAUUUUCCUAUUUGCAAAAAUAAAAAAGCAAAAAAUGAAA